AUGUUGGGAUUAAGAUCAGUACUUAGAAAUCAUUCUAGCACCAACAUUUUAAUGUUGAGUGCAAGAUCAUCACAAUCAUCAUUAUUAUCUCAAUCAUCAUCGUCAUUUAGAUAUUAUGGUAGUAAGAAAAAAGAACCAUCACAAGAAGAGGUAGAUGAUAAAAAGGAUGCAGCAUUUAUCGCAGCCAAAUUAGAUGGAGCAUUCCCAGCGGGCAACUACAACUCUUUCUACCCAGGCGACCCACAACGCAAGGUGGUAGAGACACAGUUUUCAGAGGACGGUCUCAACACGUUUAGAACACGUAUGGAGUUGCUCAAGAAUAUAAACAAUGCCGAGCACCAACACGGCUUGGAUAACCGUGACUACAACAUUGCCAACUUUUUGUCGAUGGACGACGACGACACCAAGGCCGACAUUAAGCGUGAGCAGGCAGCUCGCGAGGCAGUCGAGUCACGACAAGACGACGUCGAGCAGGCCAAGUUGGACGCCGACAUUGAUCGUCUCAGAGCCGAGGAAGGCGCCGGUAUGAACUUGGAGGCCUUUUCCAACCUCAUCACACGUUACGACGACGCACACCGUCAAGAGCGUGUCGACAUGCAAAAAGAGAAGCGUCGCGAUCAAGAGGAACUCGAGGCACUCGACCAAGAGAUAGAGGACGACCUCCAGACGGACGAGUUCCGCGCACAGUUUGCCGAACGUGGUUACGUCGGCGAAGAGGGUGAGCCCGACAAGGACGACGACGACAGAGAUGACGACGAUGGACUCGUCGACGAAGACGAGGGUCAAGAAGGUGAAGACGGCCAAGACGACGACGAAGACGGUGCACCAGCCGCCCACGUUGAAGAGGAAGCCGAUCAAUACGGCAUGGAAGCGAUCUAUGGAACAACACGUUUCGCCAACUCGAUUGACAUUUCGCCGUUUGAGGAGAAAGGCGAGUUUGACCAAGCCACAGACUUGCUCAACGAAGAGAUUGAGCAAACCGACGUCGUCUACACACCACGUGUGCUCACCAAGCGUCGUUUGAUGCGUGUGGGACAACACACCCGUGUCACCAAGGGUGGUCGUAUCAACUCGUACUCGGCGCUCGUGCUCGUCGGAAACGGACUUGGUUCGGGAGGUAUCGGUUACGGCAAGGGUGAGUCUGUGUCGGUCGCUUUGAAGCGUGCCGGCAGAGACGCCGAGCGUAAGGCAUUUACACUCCACCUCUUCCAAAACCGCAUCGUCCCAACCGGUCUCGACCUCCAGUACCGUAGCACCAAGAUCAGAUUCUACCGUGCCGGUAAGGGUCGGUCGGUCAUUGGUAUGAUCGGUCACAAGCAACGUUUCAUCAACGGUAUGUUUGGUAUCCGCGGUGUCAAUUACCGUACCUAUGGUCGUCGUGGAUGGCGUGCUAUCCUCAACGUCUUCCAGUACGCCCUACCCGACAGUUGGAUCAACCCCGACGAGCUCUCCACCGUCCUCGGUAAAAAGUUUGUCACUCGUGAAACCCUCCAAGAAAAGAAGCUUUCAUUGGCCAACAUGUUGACAUCACGUAUUCCCAACAAGGAAUCAGACCCAUACAACUAUGGCAUCAUUGGCAAGUUCCUCACCGAUCUCGAACAACCCAAGGACAAAUCCAACGAAGAAUUUGACAACAUGUACAACUCUAUAAAGGAAAUGCUCAAAUCUGAAACCUCUAUCAAUGCCUCUUUCCGUCGUGUCGCUCGUGACCCUGAAUCAAGUCAAAAACUUGCCAUCGAUCCAAUGAACAAAUGGAAACGUUCAAAAUAUUUGGCUUCAAAAAAAUUAGAACAAUCAAGAUUAAAUAAUCAUUUUUAA